CACCCAUUCAAUAAAAUCACAAAACAAAACAAAGAAAAUGUUGAGAGCAAAGAAGAAGCUAUGGAGUCCUUUCUCCAAACGCCUCCUCCCGACCAGAACCAUCUCUUCAACGACAUGUGGCUUCUUACAGAACCAACAACAGCAUCUCUCCAAUUCACAACGUCACUCUUCCUUUCCUUUCUUUUCCUACAACAACAACAAAAUCCAGACUUCAUCUUCAAGUGGGUUUUCCUCCCGCUUUCUCUUUUUUUCUGGGAAAAGUUUCUGCUCCGCCCAAUCUUCCGAGAAAACCAACCUCAGAUGCUGGAACUGUAAUGCCGAGCCUCAAAACGCACCGUUUUUGGUCUGCGAGUCUUGUACAACUAUCCAGCCUGUUGAUCACUCUGUUGAUUACUUCCAAAUAUUUGGCCUGGAAAACAAGUAUGAAAUGGAGGAGGAUCAUAAUUUGGAGGUGAAGUAUAAAAAUUGGCAGAAAAAAUUGCAUCCUGAUUUAGUCCAUUCAAAACCUGAGAAAGAGAGAGAGUUUGCUGCAGAACAAUCAGCUAGGGUGAUUGAUGCUUACCGGACGCUGAACAAUGCCUUGUCAAGGGCAAUAUACAUUCUGAAACUUGAAGGUGUAAAUGUUAAUGAAGAAGAAACAGUCUCAGAACCGGAGCUGCUAGCUGAGAUUAUGGAAAUCAGGGAAGCAGUUGAAGAGGCACCUGACUAUCAGGCUUUAAAGGAGAUCCAGUCUUUGGUGCAAGAGAAAUUACAAAACUGGUCUGAUUACUUUGCAAGUGCAUUGCGAGGCCAUAAAUUUGAAGAAGCUAAAAAUUGCAUCCGGAGAAUGACUUACUAUGACCGUGUAAAUGAAGAAAUUGUGAAGAGGCUUUAGAAAAAGUUCAGCAUGUCAUUUUAGAGUCAACAACGCUUGUUUCCAAUUCAUUGGAUUACCAUCUUCAAUGAAAUUUGUAGGUAUGUAUCCUUCAUUUGUUGGGAAAAAAAUUGUAAUUGUAGUGUAUUUCUUCUGGAUCAAUUCGUCUGAGAUUCUCCCUCUCCCCCUUCCUCCUCCCUCUCCCUCUCCCUUUUUCUUUUUGAUAAGCUGAUGGAAAAAGAAUGCAUGUGUAAUUCCAUUUUAAUAAGUGAUCUCGCGAUUGAAUUUUUCUGUUCCUAUUUCCACAAAUUAUGUUGCCAACUUUGGAUUUGUAAUAGCAUUAUUUGCUGCAAGAUGUAGAAUGAUCAUAUAUACAUUUUUUUAUUCAAUGUUAUUUUGUAGUUUGUUUA